AUGAAGAUUAUAUUAGUUUUGUUCCUUGUGAUUUCUUUUACAGUCGCCAAAAAUGAUGAUAGUAAUAAUUUAAAAUGCAACCGAUUCCUAGUAGAUGCGGUAUUAAGACAGCUAUUCGAAUUACUAAGGCUACUGAUCAAAGAAGGUAGUGCUGCCAACAACGUGCCCGUACUAGAUCCACUGAAAAUGGACUAUCAGGAAAUUAAUGUUACUGGCAAUGGUUUUACAAUACAAGCUGAACUAUCCAAUCUGACAGUCUCUGGACUUGCGGAUUUUGAAAUACUGGAAACGACAUUUGAUAAGGAAGAGAUCUCAUUAGAGUUGCAUAUGAGAUUUCCUUUAUUAACUAUGCUCUCUGAGAAUUAUAUAAUGGCCGGCGAUCUUUACAGCAUUUUCCCGUUGUUGGGAAACGGAUAUCUAAACAUUGAAGUGCACGAUUUAAUAUUCCGAAGCAAAAUAUAUCUAAGACAAUCUGCCGACGGCAAAUCCAUACUAAUAGAAAGAUUUGUUAAGCCACAAUUCGAAGUAGAUACAAUCGUGUCUAGAACAGAAUUCGACGGCAACAUCGACGACAUCCUGAACUCAAUGAUAGAAGACUUGUUGGCAGACUAUCUGACUAGAUUCAGCAAGUACAUUGCCGCGCAGCAUGAAGACGAUGUAAAACAAUUCCUCAACCCGCACCUAAGCAACUUCGAAUCUUGGAGGCUUAUCGCCGCUAUACUGUGA